AUUAACGCAUGUCGAAUAACAAGCCUUUGCAUCAGCUCAAAUCUGUGAAAAUACUACUCAUAUAAUAUUAUCCUUUUGUUAGACCUUUGCUGUGCAUUUGAUUAACGAAAGUCCAAAAAUGGUCGUUCGUCAGUACAACGAGGAAUUGAAGUAUCUUGAAAAGAUAAAUCCCUAUUGCUGGAAAAUCAAAAUGGGUUUCCAGCCAAAUAUGAAUGUGGAAGGCGUCUUUUAUGUAAACUCUACACUUGAAAAAUUAAUGUUAGAAGAACUAAGGAACUCGUGUAGACCUGGGAUGACAGGAGGGUUUCUCCCAGGAGUAAAACAAAUUGCUAAUGUUGCGGCAUUGCCGGGUAUCGUGGGCCGGUCAAUUGGUUUGCCAGAUGUACAUUCAGGAUAUGGAUUCGCUAUCGGAAAUAUGGCAGCUUUUGACAUGGGUAACCCUAAAUCAAUAGUGUCACCUGGAGGAGUGGGUUUUGAUAUAAACUGUGGUGUUCGCCUUUUGAGAACUAAUCUACAUGAGAAAGAUGUCCAACCAAUAAAGGAACAACUUGCCCAGAGUUUGUUUGAUCAUAUACCAGUGGGUGUGGGAUCUAAAGGUAUAAUCCCAAUGAAUGCCAGGGAUCUGGAAGAAGCCCUAGAAAUGGGAAUGGAUUGGUCUCUCAGGGAAGGUUAUGUCUGGGCAGAAGAUAAAGAGCAUUGUGAAGAAUAUGGCCGUAUGCUGAAUGCUGAUCCCUCAAAAGUCAGUCUUCGAGCCAAGAAAAGAGGUUUGCCACAGCUGGGUACUCUAGGAGCUGGUAAUCAUUAUGCGGAGAUACAAGUUGUAGAUGAAAUAUUUGAUAAAUAUGCUGCUGGAAAAAUGGGCAUUGAGAGAAUUGGUCAAGUCUGUGUUAUGAUUCAUUCUGGCAGCAGAGGUUUCGGCCACCAAGUUGCUACUGAUGCUCUAGUCCAAAUGGAGAAAGCUAUGAAAAGGGAUGAAAUUGAUACAAAUGAUCGGCAGUUGGCAUGUGCAAGAAUAAAUUCUGUAGAAGGUCAAGACUACUUAAAGGCUAUGGCAGCAGCUGCUAACUUUGCAUGGGUUAACAGAAGUUCAAUGACAUUUUUGACUCGCCAGGCAUUUGCCAAACAGUUUAAGAUGGCACCUGAUGAUUUAGACAUGCAUGUUAUAUAUGAUGUCUCUCAUAACAUUGCAAAGGUUGAAGAGCAUGUGGUAGACGGAAAAGUGAAGACCUUAUUGGUACAUAGAAAGGGCUCAACCAGAGCUUUUCCUCCACAUCAUCCUCUAAUACCUGUGGAUUACCAGUUGACUGGACAGCCAGUACUGAUUGGUGGAACAAUGGGGACUUGCAGCUAUGUCUUAACUGGAACUCAUCAAGGCAUGACAGAAACAUUUGGCUCAACAUGCCAUGGAGCUGGCCGUGCACUAUCUCGCGCGAAGUCAAGAAGGAACAUAGACUAUAAAGAAGUUCUUGAAAAGCUGGAAAAUAUGGGAAUCUCUAUUAGAGUUGCUUCACCAAAGUUAGUGAUGGAAGAGGCACCUGAGUCAUAUAAAAAUGUUACAGAUGUCGUAGAUACGUGUCAUGCGGCGGGAAUAAGCAAGAAGACUGUCAAGUUGCGGCCAAUCGCUGUUAUAAAAGGCUGAAGUAAACAAUUGAUUUAUGGUUUCAUGAUAUCACUCUGCUGGACUAACAUUUUAUAAAUACUAUUCUUAAUGCAUCUCAUGUAUAAUGUUAUUUAUUUUAAGGGAUACAGCAAUAUCUCUAUCGUCCAGACAUUUUAUACUAUUGAUCAUUUUAGAACUUGAUUUUGUUACUUACACACUGAACAAUCAAAAUCAGGAUUCUAUAAAAAUGAUGAAUAGUUGAGUAGGUAGCAGGUAC